GUAAGAAGUGAUCUAACUAUGAGUGGGUUUGGUCUGUGUUUUGUCAUUCCAGUUUAUACUCGUUGGGCCGUGUGCCUUUGUUCUCAACUCAUACCCUUUCACCGUCUCUUGGACUCAAAUCACUAAAGAUUGAAACUUUUUUCAUCUUUGACUGUUGCUGUUCAAAUGGGGGUUCAAAGCUGUAAUGGUUGCAGAUCCUGGGAGGAGGACAUUUACUGGUCUCAUUUUCAAUUCCUCCAUUUCGUGCAGUUUCUCCGAACGGGUUAUGAUCAACAUCUUGCACUUCCGAAGACAUUUUCAGACAACUUAAAGAAGAAGCCGCCUGCAAAUGUGACCCUAAAGGGUCCUAGUGGUGUUGCGUGGAACGUAGGGAUAAUUACUAGUGGAGAUACCUUGUACUUUGCAUGUGGUUGGGAGCAGUUUGUGAAAGAUCACUGUUUGAAGGAGAAUGAUUUCCUAGUCUUUAAGUAUAAUGGUGAAUCUCAGUUUGAUGUUUUAGUGUUUGAUGGGGGGAGCUUGUGUGAGAAGGCAUCUUCUUAUUUUGUUCGCAAAUGUGGGCACACCGAAGCUGAAGAUGUGGGUGGAAGUCUCAACAAGAAAAGGGACAAUGCAGAAGAUCCUAUGAAAGAAGGUCACAUCCCUUUAAAAGCUGGUGUGCAAUGUGCUUCACCUGGGAAAUCUGUGCAUGCUAAUGGUACCAAGGAGCCAAUUAAUGUACCUUUUGAAACUCCUACUCCCAGUGAAGAGGCUUUCAAUGCAGAUGUUGAAUCUGCUGGUGCUGAGCAAAUUACAUCGGAUGGAGUCCCUCUGUCAGCUGUUCCCAAAGAAACUGUUAAUGGAAAAAGGAUCAGGAAGCUUGCUUCAGUUGUUAAACAUGUGCAGACCAAACGGAGGGGCAGGGGCAGACCAGCUAAAGUGUCUACUGUUAUAGAGAGAGCACUUGACUGGGUGUCUGGACUAGAUGCUGAACCUGUUUCUGCUGUUAGAAGUGCUGCACAAGAGGCAUUUAUAUCAAAUAGAAGGCCUGUCACAGAUGAUGAGAUUAAAAAUGCCUUAGCAUUGGCCCAGGCAGGACGCACUGAUGACAGUUUGGUUGUAGUCAUGCGACCCUCUCACGUGUACAAGAGAUUCUUUGUGUCAAUGCCCAACAAGUGGAUAGGAGAACACAUCCCUCCAAUGUCUCAAGAUGUGAUCUUGCGCAUGGACAAGGGUGAAUGGGUUGCUAGAUACAGCUACCAUAAUAUUCGUCAUACUGGUGGACUUACUGGUGGGUGGAAACACUUUGUCUUGGACAACAACCUAGAAGAGUAUGAUGUUUGUGUGUUUAAACCAGCUGGCCAAAUGAACGACAACUUGGUCCUUGAUAUGAGCAUUUUCAGAGUUGUUGAGGAAAUUGUUCCUCUUUCUGUUAUGUCUCCAACAGGAAAAAGAGGAAGAAAACCAGCAGCACAGAAUGCUAUUCUGACUGAAACAUAAUUUGCAUCAUCAUGAGGGUGAAUGAAAGCAUUGCAAUGUAAGUUGAUAAUUUAUCAUGGGACUGCAGACCAAGUUCUUUAGUUGUGUUGUGUGUAUUUUGGAUAUUGAGUUAGAUUGUUUAGCCUUAUUAUCAGUCUUCUAAGGGGGCGCAGUGUAGUUAUAUAUAUAUGUAUGUACUUCUUAUUGGUCCUGUUAGACCUAGCUGGUUUAAAUAUGAACUGAUAUCUGCAGAGUUUUUA